CAGUUAGCGAUCACUAUUUAAACGGGCUGACGCAACGACUUUUAAUAUCAAAACCUAUAUCCGAUUCACAAGUUACGGACACGUUAUAUCACCGCAGAUUUUGGACCUAAUACAGUGUCUAAAACAUACCACCACCACCACCACCACCACCAGAAGGGGAUUGCAGUCCAACUUGUGACGGUGGUGUAUGGUAGCUGGGUCUGACAUGAUGCCCGGUCAGAUCCCUGACCCUUCCCUGACGGCCGGCUCCUUGCCCAGCCUGGGCCUGCUGGCCGGAAUAUCUGCCACCACGCUCACCGACCAGCUCAAACUGGCACAGGACUUCAGGAACCUGGGCGCCAUGUUGUCACCACUGCAUAUCCUGGGACGGCUGGGCAAGAGGCCGCUCACUGCUAUCAAGGGAGAGAUGGACGAGGACGAUGAGAGGAGGAGACGGAGGAGAGAUAAGAACAAAGUGGCAGCAGCACGAUGUCGGAACAAGAAGAAGGAGAGGACAGACUUCCUCCAAAGGGAGUCGGAGCGUCUGGAGGUGGUGAACUCCGACCUAAAGGCCCAAAUCGAAGAGCUGAGGAUGGAGAGACAGCAGCUAAUGGUGAUGCUCAACCUCCACCGCCCCACCUGCAUCGUCCGCACCGACAGCGUCAAGACCCCUGAGAGCGAGGCCAACCCCCUGCUCGAACUCCUGGCCUCCGAAAAGCUAGAGGCCUCUAAGUGAAACCACAGAGGGAAAGUAAAACCGAAGGGCGGGAAGGAAGGAAGGAAUCUGACAGGAAGAAAAGCAACUGUCGUCAAAUAUGACGAAAGAUUUUUUUAAAAUCACCUGAUGCUUUUGUUGCUGAAGCACUUAUGUACUGUGUGUUGAGCGCCAAGCUGGAGACUCAAGUAUGCCUUUGCCUAAAAGACCCGGGGUUGUUAGGGUUCCGUUGCCUCGGUAACACCUCGGUAACGUUACCCGAUUGGGUUCUGAGGGAAGAGGGAGGAGCCUAAAUGCCCAACCCAGUUAUCUCUGCGUCAUAAUAAGUGUUUUGUUUUUGAAACCAAGUCAGUGCCACACCGUUUACUUACUGCAACCAACCACCAUUACAUUAAGGGACAGAUGGAAGAAGAUAUAUUGUGAUAUAUUUAUAUAUAGUGGAAACUAUCGUUUCGGAAGGGGAAACACUAAGAUCAAUCACUAUGGUGCUCUGUUACCGGCACUUACCGACUCUGAGACAAACAAAGAGGUUGUUGUGAUAUUCUAAACAUGUGUAACUGUAGAGGCACACAGGUGUACCCAGCCAGUAUACUGUAUACCACGUUGAAAUACACAGGUGUACCCAGCCAGUAUACUGUAUACCACGUUGAAAUACACAGGUGUACCCAGCCAGUAUACUGUAUACCACGUUGAAAUACACAGGUGUACCCAGCCAGUAUACUGUAUACCACGUUGAAAUACACAGGUGUACCCAGCCAGUAUACUGUAUACCACGUUGAAAUACACAGGUGUACCCAGCCAGUAUACUGUAUACCACGUUGAAAUACACAGGUGUACCCAGCCAGUAUACUGUAUACCACGUUGAAAUACACAGGUGUACCCAGCCAGUAUACUGUAUACCACGUUGAAAUACACAGGUGUACCCAGCCAGUAUACUGUAUACCACGUUGAAAUACACAGGUGUACCCAGCCAGUAUACCACGUUGAAAUACACAGGUGUACCCAGCCAGUAUACUGUAUACCACGUUGAAAUACACAGGUGUACCCAGCCAGUAUACUGUAUACCACGUUGAAAUACACAGGUGUACCCAGCCAGUAUACUGUAUACCACGUUGAAAUACACAGGUGUACCCAGCCAGUAUACUGUAUACCACGUUGAAAUACACAGGUGUACCCAGCCAGUAUACUGUAUACCACGUUGAAAUACACAGGUGUACCCAGCCAGUAUACUGUAUACCACGUUGAAAUACACAGGUGUACCCAGCCAGUAUACUGUAUACCACGUUGAAAUACACAGGUGUACCCAGCCAGUAUACCACGUUGAAAUACACAGGUGUACCCAGCCAGUAUACCACGUUGAAAUACACAGGUGUACCCAGCCAGUAUACUGUAUACCACGUUGAAAUACACAGGUGUACCCAGCCAGUAUACUGUAUACCACGUUGAAAUACACAGGUGUACCCAGCCAGUAUACUGUAUACCACGUUGAAAUACACAGGUGUACCCAGCCAGUAUACUGUAUACCACGUUGAAAUACACAGGUGUACCCAGCCAGUAUACUGUAUACCACGUUGAAAUACACAGGUGUACCCAGCCAGUAUACUGUAUACCACGUUGAAAUACACAGGUGUACCAAGCCAGUAUACUGUAUACCACGUUGAAAUACACAGGUGUAGUACUAUUCUAGGAUUUGUUCAUUACCAAGUUGGAACAUAUUUUUAUUGCAUAUUAUAAUGCUUGUUGUUGUUGUUGUUGUUGUAUAUCCGCUGCCUUGACGACGGCAGUAUCCGGUUGAUCCGAUUGGAGGUGACGCUGGCGUCAUGAAAUAAAAGCACAUAUAUAUAUAUAUAUAUAUAUAUAUACUAUAUGAAAUAAAAGCACAUAUAAUAUACUAUAUGAAAUAAUGUUUACGCUCCUGUUGUUUAUAAAAUAACAUUUAAAAAAGGCAUUGUUAAUUCAAAUGUCUGUAUUUCAAUAUACUUAUUUUAUACCGUUUUUAUAUAAGCGACAUAUACAUUGUGUAUGAAAAGCCUUGUAAUUGUUGUAAUCACUUGAUGUGAUUUUUGUUUAUUUGACAUCAGUGUCCCGUUGUAUUUUUUCAAUAUUAAAAGGACCCAGAGCAGUCCAAAUAAAAAACAAGUGAUACCUGUG